CACGUCCCUCCUGAGGAGACGUAGAGGAGGGCUGCAGGCGGACAGGACUGACCCGGGGAGGACAGCUGCUUUGAGGGCUUCAUGAAGCCAUGGAGUCUGCUUCAUCUUGCAAACUACUGCUGACAGCCCUUCUUUUUGUGAGCUCACGAACUGCCCGCUCGGAAGAGGACAGAGACACUCUUUGGGACGCCUGGGGCUCGUGGAGCGAGUGUUCCCGCACCUGCGGAGGAGGAGCGUCCUAUUCCCUGAGACGAUGCCUCAAUUCCAAGACAUGUGAAGGGCAGAAUAUCAAAUAUCGCACAUGCAGUAAUGUGGAAUGCCCUGCGGACGCGGGAGACUUCCGGGCUCAGCAGUGUUCAGCCCACGCCGAUGUCCGCUACCAGGGCCGCUAUCACGACUGGCUGCCCCUCUACAACGACCCAGACAACCCCUGCACCCUCAAGUGCAAAGCCGAGGGCUCGUCGGGCGUGGUGGUUGAGUUGGCGCCCAAGGUUCUAGAUGGGACGCGGUGCUACACGGAGUCACUGGACAUGUGCAUCAGCGGAGCGUGCCAGAUCGUAGGCUGCGACCACGAAUUGGGAAGCGCGGCCAAAGAAGACAACUGUGGCGUGUGCAGUGGAGACGGCUCCUCCUGCCGGCUUGUGAGAGGACACUACAAAUCCCAGCAUGCCUCAGGAAAAACCGAGGACACUGUGGUGGUGAUCCCCUAUCAGAGUCGACACGUACGUCUUGUCCUCAAAGGCCCGGAUCACUUGUAUGUGGGGAGCAAGACUCUGCAAGGGGUGAAAGGCCAACUUGUCCUUAAUAAGUCAGGGCAGUACCACCUGGAAAAUACCACCUUGGAUUACCAGAAACUCGCCGACAAAGAAGUCCUGAGAAUUCCUGGGCCGCUCUGGGCUGAUUUCACCAUACAGGUCCAGUUUGCAAGUGGAGCAGACAGCGUCAUCCAGUACAUCUUCUACCAGCCUAUUAUCCACCGCUGGAGGGAGACGGACUUCUUCCCUUGCUCUGUCACAUGUGGAGGAGGAUACCAGCUGACGUCUGCUGAGUGCUUUGACAUUCGCAGUGGCCGUGUGGUUGUGGACCAGUACUGCCAUUACUACCCGGAGAACAUCAAGCCCAAACCUAAAUUGGAGGAAUGCAACAUGGAGCCUUGUCUUGCCAAUGAUGGCUACAAGGAGAUUAUGCCUUAUGACCUCUACCACCCCUUGCCUAGGUGGGAAAGCAGCCCCUGGACAGCCUGCUCCACUUCCUGCGGCGGCGGAGGCAUCCAGAGCCGCUCUGUCUCCUGUGUGGAGGAGGACAUGCAAGGCACCAUCACACCGACCGAGGAGUGGAAGUGUCUCUACGCCCCCAAGACGGCCAUUUUGCAGCCAUGCAACGCCUUCGACUGCCCCACCUGGCUGGCCCAGGAGUGGUCUCCUUGCACAGUGACAUGCGGUCAGGGUCUGCGCUACAGGGUGGUGCUCUGCAUUGACCACAGGGGGCUCCAUGCUGGAGGAUGCAACCCCACCACCAAGCCCCACAUUAAAGAGGAGUGCCUGGUCACAGUGCCCUGCUACAAGGCUAUUGAUACACUACCUGUUGAGGCCAAACCUUUGUGGCACAAGCAGGCCAUCGAGCUCGAAGAGGAGAUGGUCGUAACCGAGGAGCCCAACUUCAUCCCAGCUCCAUGGCAGCCAUGCAGCAGGACGUGCGGUGUCGGCAUUCGACGCCGCGCCGUCAAGUGUCAGGUCUUGCUGUCCUUCUCCCAGACGGUCGCCGAGCUCCCUGAUGACGAGUGCGAGGGCAUCAAACCCCCAGAAAGCCAACCUUGCAACCGUACGCCAUGCCAUAAGCCAAACGGGGGCGAUGAUAUAGAGGAGGAGGACAUGGAGAUGGAGGAGAUGGUCCAAGGAGAGGAGCUGUAUGAGUGGGAAUAUGACGGCUUCACCGAGUGCUCCCAGAGCUGUGGAGGAGGUGUGCAGGAGGCAGUGGUCAUCUGUCUGAACAAGCAGACCAGGGAGGCAGCUUUAAACCAGAGCUUGUGUGUGAGCGCCCGCAGACCCCCGCCACUUCUUCAGGACUGCAAAAUACAGCCUUGCCCCCCCAGGUGGGAAACAGGCCAGUGGAGCUCAUGUUCCGCUUCCUGCGGUGUUGGCCUGAUGUCCCGCACUGUGGCAUGUACUCACCAGCCCUCGCGGGACAGCAACCGCACUGAGGUUUUGAGGGAUGACAAGUGCCACGACCCUAAACCAAGGCCCGCCCAAGCCUGCAACCGCUUUGACUGCCCUCCCAUGUGGGAGGCACAGAACUGGGGCCAGUGCUCCGGUAGCUGUGGUGAUGGACUUCAGAGGAGGCUUGUCCUGUGCAAACAGCGCUUGGCAGACGGUAGCAUCCUGGAGCUGCCCGACACUUUCUGCCCUAUCAAAAGCCCAGCCAACCAGCGAGCGUGCACUGAGCAGCCAUGUCCACCUCAGUGGGUCACCAGCUGGUCCCAGUGUUCAGUGACAUGUGGAAAUGGUAUACAAAGGCUGGAGGCUGUCUGCAGGAAACAAGGCGAGGAUGGACGACAUCAGACCAUCGAUUCAAACAACUGUGCCUCUGAGGCGCGACCAACCAGGGUCCGCCCUUGUUCUCUCAGGCUUUGCAAAAAUUUCCUGAAGCCUGGCCCCACUAUACUGGCCCAGAGGAAUGUCUAUAUCCAAUGGAGGAAGAGCAAAAAGGUCAACUUAGUUGUCGGUAGUAGAGCCUAUCUUCUCCCCUGGACCGCUGUUGUACUUCGUUGCCCCACCCGCCACAUCCGUAAGGGAAACAUAAGAUGGUUGAAGGAAGGGAAGCAUCUGCUAAGUCUCUCACACCUGUCUGUUACCUCUUUGGGAUUAGUGAAAAUACAGAAAGUUGGAGUAUCUGACGCUGGGACAUAUACAUGUGUGGCAGGCCAAGCUCAGGCACAUUUAGUCCUUCAGAUCAUUGGCAACAAGCAGAAGGGGUCCAUUAUAGAGGACAUUAACCCUUAUGACCGUUUUGUUGAGCGUUUGCUCCAAGUCAAAUCUGCCUCAGAAGACGAUCUUUCCAUUCCGAAUGUUCUCAUUCUCAAUAGCCAGAAGCUGGAAGACAACCUGAGAGGCAAACAAGAAGAGCAACUAAUUGCUCAGUUAGUCAGUCAGCUUCCCCACGAUAAAACCAAUGAUUCCACUCUACACCACCCGGAAAGUCUGCUGGUUCCCCUUCUUCGAAAACCACACUCGACCAGAUUCAGAAUCCCUGUAAUCAUUCAGAAGCCCAGGAAAGUUGGAUCAGUGUCCUCCUCCGAAGUUGUAGUCCACGUAGGAUCUCCUGUUUUGCUUGGGAAGCCAGUUUCCACUUUGGAAAUAAAGUGUGAGACUCUCGGAUACCCGGAACCUUUCCUGAGUUGGACGAAAAAUGGUAAACAGCUGCACUACAACAGCAGAAUAGACCUGUUACCCACUGGCUCGCUUAGGAUCCAGUCUCCGAACCAGGAGGACGAGGGACUGUACACCUGUACUGCCAGGAACCGCCUAGGAUCAUCGUCGCUUUCAUCUUGGUUGCAGGUAACAGAAAGCAAAGGAAGAAACUGUGUCCAAGGCGUUUGCUCUGAUAGGAGCAACGAGUCUCUCUGCAGUGGGCAAGACUGCUCCCUCAGGUGGCGUGUGGACACAUGGGAGCCUUGUUCAGCCAGCUGCGCUGGAGGUUCCCAGACCAGACGUAUCCGCUGCAUUCGGGGUCCUGAGGACGGAUGGAAGGACGUAGAGGGCCACCAUUGCCUUGGUGUAGGGCGGAGACCUCCUGACACCAGGAUAUGCAACAUUCUUCCCUGCGCCGAUUGGGCAACAACUGCAUGGGGGCUGUGUAACAGUCAAUGUGUGGGUCCCGGUUUAGCUACACAGCACCGCCAUGUCUUCUGUCAAGACACAAAUGGCACCAAAGUGGCCAACAGGCUGUGUAGCGGUUUCCAACGGCCGAGCUCAACCAGAAACUGCUCCGUAGAAGCCUGCAUCCUCCAGUGGCGAGUCGGGCCCUGGACGCAGUGCACCGCCACUUGCGGGCGACACGGCUUCCAGUCGCGCCGGGUCGUCUGCACGCACCGAGCAACCGGAAGGCCGACUCGGGAGCAUCACUGCAUGUGGAAGCCUCGUCCUCCCAGCUGGCAGCGCUGUAAUCUCACCUCCUGUGGCAGAGCCGGAGAGUGCAGAGACAGCACCAGGUACUGCGAGAAGGUUCGACAGCUGGAGCUCUGCACGCUGCCUCAGUUUAAAAGUCGCUGCUGUCACUCAUGCCUGAACACCUGAGUGAUGCGGGAGACGCGAGGAUGUUAGACAUUCCUGCUUAGUGGACGCUGAGAAGGUCCAUGGAGGACCUUUCAUCUCUGAACCCAUGCAUGAACUACUGGAAAUGUGCCUAAUGCAUUUUUGGGUAGGCCAUACACUCCAGUCUGAGGGCAAAUAUUUUAUCGACAUUAUCAGUCCAUUCACACACACAAUAUCAAUUUAGUAAGACAAGCUUAUUGCCUGGUUUAGAAUGCAGCCUCUUUGACCCUGUAAGGCCACCGAAUGUCCAACGAGUGCUUGUUACUAGCUAUCAGUUGCACAACCACAUGCAGUUUAUCACGUUGUGCAUUUUUCUGCCCAUUAUCAGAAUCAGAACCAGAAACACUUUAAUAAUCCCCGAAGGGAAAUUAAGAUUUUCAGCACAAUCCCAUUCAAGAGCAGACAAACAUUACAGGGAGACAGAACAGGAUCGCUGACAGGUCUGCCAACGUCCGGCGCCCCUUACAAAAAAGGUGAGAGACAGGUAAACACUGCGGAGGGGGGUUGAGAAGAAAAAAAAAUUCAGUCUAAGCCUGAGGCCAAGGGGAAAAACACUUCAUAGCCAUAGCACACAUAAACAUGCGUAUAAGAAGGAAACAUCAAAGAAGACAAAGGACAUUAAAGACAUUUAAAGAGCAGAGCUGAUGCAACCAGCCACUUAAAAUAACAACAACAACAAAAACAUAUACACUACCGUUCAAAAGUUUGAAAUUGAAAUGUCCUUAUUUUUUAAGGAAAAGCACUGUACUUUUCAAUGAAGAUAACUUUAAACUAGUCUUAACUUCAAAGAAAUACACUCUAUACAUUGCUAAUGUGGUAAAUGACUAUUCUAGCUGCAAAUGUCUGGUUUUUGGUGCAAUAUCUACAUAGGUGUAUAGAGGCCCAUUUCCAGCAACUAUCACUCAAUCAAUCAAUCAAUCAAUCAAUGUUUAUUUAUAUAGCCCUAAAUCACAAGUGUCUCAAAGGGCUGUACAAGCCACAACGACAUCCUCGGUACAGAGCCCACAUACGGGCAAGGAAAAACUCACCCCAGUGGGACGUCGGUGAAUGACUAUGAGAAACCUUGGAGAGGACCGCAUAUGUGGGUAACCCCCCCCCCCCUCUAGGGGAGACCGAAAGCAACGGAUGUCGAGUGGGUCUGACAUAACAUUGUGAAAGUCCAGUCCACAGUGGAUCCAACACAUCAGCGGGAGUCCAGUCCACAGCGGGGCCAACAGGAAACCAUCCCGAGCGGAGACGGGUCAGCAGCGCAGAGAUGUCCCCAACCGAUGCACAGGCUAGUGGUCCACCCGGGGUCCCGGCUCUGGACAGCCAGCACUUCAUCCAUGGCCACCGGACCUAUGCAACUCCCCCUCGCAAGGGACAGGGGAGAAGAGGAGAGAAGAAAAGAAACGGCAGAUCAACUGGUCUAAAAAAGGGGGGGUCUAUUUAAAGGCUAGAUUAUACAAAUGAGUUUUAAGAUGGGACUUAAAUGCUUCUACUGAGGUAGCAUCUCUAACUGUUACCGGGAGGGCAUUCCAGAGUACUGGAGCCCGAAUAGAAAACGCUCUAUAGCCCGCAGACUUUUUUUUGGCUCUGGGAAUCACUAAUAAGCCGGAGUUCUUUGAACGCAGAUUUCUUGUCGGGACAUAUGGUACAAUACAAUCGGCGAGAUAGGCUGGAGCUAAUAUUUAUAAUAUUUUAUACGUAAGUAGUAAAACCUUAAAGUCGCAUCUUAAGUGCACAGGAAGCCAGUGCAAGUGAGCCAGUAUAGGCGUAAUAUGAUCAAACUUUCUUGUUUUGGUCAAAAGCCUUGCAGCCGCAUUUUGUACCAACUGUAAUCUUUUAAUGCUAGACAUAGGGAGGCCCGAAAAUAAUACGUUACAGUAAUCGAGACGAGACGUAACGAACGCAUGAAUAAUGAUCUCAGCGUCGCUAGUGGACAAGAUGGAACGAAUUUUAGCGAUAUUACGGAGAUGAAAGAAGGCCGUUUUAGUAACACUCUUAAUGUGUGACUCAAACGAGAGAGUUGGGUCGAAGAUAAUACCCAGAUUCUUUACCGAGUCUCCUUGUUUAAUUGUUUGGUUGUCAAAUGUUAAGGUGGUAUUAUUAAAUAGAUGUUGGUGUCUAGCAGGACCGAUAAUCAGCAUUUCCGUUUUCUUAGCGUUGAGUUGCAAAAAGUUAGCGGACAUCCAUUGUUUAAUUUCAUUAAGACACGCCUCCAGCUGACUACAGUCCGGCGUGUUGGUCAGCUUUAGGGGCAUGUAGAGUUGAGUGACAUUGUACCAUUAGAACACUCCAGUGUUCUAAUGGUACAAUGUGUUUGCUCAUUGGCUCAGAAGGCUAAUUGAUGAUUAGAAAACCCUUGUGCAAUCAUGUUCACACAUCUGAAAACAGUUUAGCUCAUUACAGAAGCUACAAAACUGACCUUCCUUUGAGCAGAUUGAGUUUCUGGAGCAUCACAUUUGCGGGGUCAAUUAAACGCUCAAAAUGGCCAGAAAAAGAGAACUUUCAUCUGAAACUCGACAGUCUAUUCUUGUUCUUAGAAAUGAAGGCUAUUCCACAAAAUUGUUUGGGUGACCCCAAACUUUUGAACGGUAGUGUACACUCUGGUGGCCUCUGCGUUGUUCCACGCCAUCGUCUGCUGGGGUGGGGGGAGCAUGGCCAGAGACAGGAGCAGACCCAACAAAGCAACCAAGAGAGCCGAUUCCACCCUCAGCCGCCCGCCAACUCUCGGCCAGUGUCCAGUCCGCAUGGAUGAGCGAGGAUACGUCCAAAGAGAACGAGGUGUCCGAUACCUGCUCAUUCAGCCAAUUCAGCCACUGUGAAGCUUGUCCGUCCCGGCGCUCAGCGCCAGCUCCGCAGCCCUCUCUCUUCAUCCGCAUCUCCUCCAGUCUCUCCAAACGGACUCUGGUGUGGCAGAGACCCAGCAGCUGGUCUCCAUGGCCAAAAGGCAGAUCCAGAAGUUCCCAAAAAACCACCGCAGAAGUCAUGAAAGUGCCACCCCUGGUCACACAGUCCCAAAGGGUCCUGAACCAAAAGGCAAAAACCCCCAAAAACACACAAUAAAAUUACACGAUUACAAUUACACACAAUAUCAAUUGGAUAGGUAAAAACAAUGUUGCUUACCUGGCUUAAAACAAAGCCUUUUUGGCACUUAAAGGCCAGAGUUGGCAUGUGAUUACAGUUGGACACAGUCAUGGACCGUUUUCUCCUUUUGCGUAAUCGUUGGCCCGUUCACACACAAUAUAAAUUCAAUAUGCAAAUCGACAUCACUUUCUGACCAUGUAAGGCCGGUGAAAAUUCCCACUAGUUCUAUUCAAAGCUAACAACUGCUAAACUACAUGCUGUUUGUCCCCUUGUGCAUUUAUCUGUCUACUCACACGCAAAGUCACUUGGCCUAAAAAUGCAGAGCUGUAUUAAACUAAGUUUGAUUUGGCAUAUGAUUGCAGUUAAAACAGUCAUUUUGCGCAGUUGUCGGUCCAUUCACACGCCAUAUCAAUUUAAUAAGCCUUAAACACAGCCAUAUUAGUCUUGCAAGACCACCAUAUUUCCCGCCAGUGCUUGUCAAAGCUAACAGUUGCACAACCAUACUGUAGGUUGCGUGUCUGUCCAUUCACACGUCAGUUUGAUGCCCUUGAAAGUCACCAUAUUUUUCUCUAAGAAAAAAAAAAUGAAAAAAAGAUCAUACCUAAGAGGAGUUGUUUGGCCGACAUUUUAACCUAGUCCUGCUGGGGUUGCACUAAUUAAGGAGGCGUACCUAUGAUGGGGAUUUAAAAAAGAAAAGACAAUUAUUUUGCACUCGGAAACUAAAGUCUUUGUUAAGAACGGGACUUUUGGUUAAGUUACAUUGAUAUUUGUUUCUUGGUUAUAUUUGUCUAUACGUCCAUAUUUAACCACUUUUUGAUGCUUUUGCACGUUUAGUCGCCUGGUGAUAAUGCCUAGCUGCAAUACUCCCCCUAAAAUUGGUCAUAUAUCAACUCCAUUAAAGGAAAAAAACAGGCAUAUUGAAGCAUUUCUAUUGUAUUAUUUAUUCCAGAUGGGCAACAUGUUAGACUACUUGGCUUUUUGUUUGUGUGCCUUAAGAGAAGAAAGCAACAUAUAAUGUACUCCUAUUGUGUAGAUAUGUAAUAUUGUCUUCAUUAUUUAUUUCUGUGUCUUUUGUGUAUAAUUUUGUAAAUAAAUACUUGCUUGGGUUUUUAAGUAUUUUUAGGUCCCUACAACUGAUUGUAUUUGUUGUAAAAAGCAGAGUACAUGCAGAGGGCUCCCUCAGCUGGCCAAACCCUUUUUUCAUUGAAAUAAAGAAGCACAUUCC